UAAAGCUUAUUAAGUCUGGCGUUGUCAUCUCCACGUACAAACUGUCAUGGCGGAUAAAGAGAAUCUACUUGAUGGACAUCUAGAUUACUCACCGCCUGAAAAACAAAAUCUUAAAAAUAGAAUCAUGUCGUUAGCAUUGUCUAAUGUAUCUGCCAGAGAAUGGUUUUCAAAAACUCGUGAAAGUGUCAAACCUUGGCAGGAGUUUCUCAACUCAAAAAAGUUUUCUGUGCCAAAGUCUGUGGCUCCUUUGCCCAAGAGAAUAGUGAAGAACAUUGACAACUUCCAGGGCAAUUACCUAUUUGUUUUCUUAGGCCUUGUUGUUGUUUGUAUCAUUACCUCCCCUUUACUGCUAGUAGCCAUUGCUGCCUGUCUUGGUGCCUGCUACAUCAUCAGCAUUAAAAAUCAGGACAGAAAGAUUACUGUCAUGGGUCAUGAACUGAGUCUUGCCCAACAGUAUGGAGGUGUUGGUCUCCUGUCAUUUCCUCUCUUUUGGCUAGCUGGGGCUGGAUCUGCUGUCUUUUGGGUCAUAGGUGCCUCCUUCUUUGUGAUAAUGCUCCAUGCGUCAUUCUACCAGACCCAGGAGGAACUGGAAGGCUUUGAUCUGGAGCUUGAUGAUGUGCAGACAGUGUCAGAUCCAGGUUUUUAUCUAAAAUAAGACAUUUGUUGUGUCCGUGUUAUGUUAAGGUUUGUCUCUGUCACUGAGAUGAUAGCAAUAUAAAAACUUUAGAGAAGUUUGAUGACUUGUGAUCAAAUAUGUAUAUACAUUCAAAUAAGGACUAAAUAAAGUGGGCUAUGUUUGAUACUUUG